CAAUUAAAAUUGUAAUGUUUUGCAGUUUGUUGCAUAUUUUGAGGACCCAACGUAAGGCUCUGUGACCCUUAAUUCGGCAUAUUGGUUUAUGAUCGUCGGCUUUACGGAAUACGGCUGAGAUGAAAGGAUUUUUCGACCAUGAGGACUACUCCAUUGGCCUUCUGGAGCAAGGAUCAUCUAUUAGAGAAGUUAUUGACAACUGUAUCUGCGAACAAACCCUUGCUGAAAAGAAUGCAUUUUUUGUGGCUGAUCUUGGCAACUUGAUGAAAAAGCACAACCACUGGCAAAAAGUUAUGGCACAGAUAAAACCAUUUUAUACUGUUAAGUGCAAUAGUCAUCGACCUGUUCUUGAAAUUUUGGCAGCAUUUGGAACCAAUUUUGUUUGUGCCAGCAAGAAUGAAAUGGCUUUGGUGCUGAAUUUGGGAGUUGCUCCAGAAAAUGUCUUGUAUGCCAGUCCAUGCAAACAACUUUCCCAGAUAAAGUAUGCUUCAAAAAUGGGGAUCAGUUUAAUGACGUGUGACAAUGAAACUGAAUUGAAGAAAAUUGCGCGCAACCAUCCAAAUGCCAAGCUAUUGCUACAUAUUGCAACUGAAGAUGUCAGUGAAGUUGGAGAGAUGAGCAUGAAGUUUGGUGCCACACUGAAGAGUUGCAUGCAUCUUUUGGAAUGUUCGAAGGAGCUUGGAGUUCAGGUUGUUGGUGUGAAGUUUCAUACUUCAAGGUCUUGGAAGGAUCCCAUUGCUUAUGGAAAUGCUUUAUCUGAUGCUCGCUGUGUUUUUGAUAUGGCUGAGGCACAUGGAUUUAACAUGAGUAUCUUGGACAUAGGUGAUAUUUUUUCUGAAACUGAAUUUCAAUUGGAGAAGGUGUACAAUAUCAUCUCUCCUCUUCUGAAACGGUACUUUCCUGAAGAAUCUGGUCUUAAUGUGAUAGCUGAACCUGGCAGCUAUUUUGUCUCUUCUGCUUUCACACUGGCAGUGAAUGUUAUUGCUAAGAAAGUAGUUUCAAGGGAUCAACUUACCCAUGCACAAGGUAAUAUUUUCAUAUGGUGA